AUGCCGACACUGCAAAACACGGCGACCAUGCCGUUUUUCAGGGAGCUGUGCAAAGAACACCUGACCGCGGAUAUUUCUCAAUCGAGCAAGUAUUGUCGGGAAACGUUGUAUAGAAGGCUUCUUACCUUUGACACGAGCCACUACCCUCCACCGGUCCAUACCACUUCUCUUUCAUUAGAGUUCAGGUACUUAGCGGACUCGAUGCUUAGAUAUGCCCACGCAUUGGGCACCGAUGAUGAGUGGAUUGCGUUCAUGGAUUUCACAACCGCUUUCAGAACCCGGUACAACAGCGCCUCCUAUGACAUGAGGACCGACUGUAUCCCGCUCAACAUGUCGAUCUGCAUAACACGCCUCUAUGCUCUCGUCACUAGUGAUCACACCAUUACUGGUAACGCUGAAAAAGAUGAUCAUAUUGGCCUUGAUUUCCUCAUUCUUAUGGCUGCUCGCAUGGAACCCACCUUUGACCAUAACGGCUCAGAUUGUGAACAGUACUGGACCCUGAAGUUUAUUGAGACUGCGCGCAGAGCGGCCAAGGGGGCUACUUACGAGGCCAAUAUCAGCAUGAAGCUGUAUUUAUACUUUUUGGUUUCAAGGUUGCCCCAGGUUCUACAACGCUUCUAG